AUGGAAAGAAAGAUUGAGAUAGUUUCUAUGGAGCUCAUUCGACCUACUUCUCCCACUCCUGAUCACCUUAGAUGCUUUGAAUUUUCUUAUUUGGAUCAAAUGGCAAUACCCGUAUUUGCUCCCUUAGCUCUAUUUUAUCCUCCCCCUUCUUCUCAUUCGACUGGCGGUGAUCAUGAAUCCUAUUCCAAUCUUGAGGAAGCAAGGGCAGCCAAUUCAUCAAGAUUACUCCUUUUGAAGAAAUCUUUGUCUGAAACUCUUGCUCGUUUUUACCCUUUUGCUGGUCGAAUUAAGGGCUACUUAAUUGAGUGCAACGACGAUGGGGUACCUUUCUACGAGGCUUUUGCUCAUAAUUAUCAGUUUGAAGAUAUUCAUAGAAAAUUUGACGUAACUAAACAUUUCCUCCCUAGUGUUGAAGGUAGCUCAGUAUUACAUUAUUCUUGUUUUCCCUUACUUGUUCAAGUCACAAUGUUCGAGUGUGGAGGUAUGGCUAUUGGUAUGUCUGCUUUUCACAAAGUUGCUGAUGGAGCCACAUUGUGCACCCUUGCCAAUGCUUGGGCAAUAACUACUCGAGAUAGCCCCGAUUGUGUGCUACCCCCAGAAUUCGUAGCAACUGCAAAAUUCUUACCACCACCUAUUCCCUAUGUUUUAAACGCGCCUAAGUUUCAGUUUGACUUUACCAAGUUCUUUUAUAACGAGCAACGUGUCACUAAAUUGUUUACCUUUGAUGCUUCAACUAUAGCCUCGCUCAAGGCUAAAGCCGUCUGUAAUGAUGAUGUAGCAGUUCCCACACGGGUUGAAGUAGUAUCAGCUGUGAUCUGGAAAAGUGCCAUGGCUGCUUCAGGGACUGAGACAAGGUCAUCAAAGUUUGCGCACCAAGUAAAUAUACGAAAGCGGUUUGUCCCUCCAUUGCCAAACCAUUGUGUAGGAAAUGCUAUUGCAAUCGCCACAGCAUGUAAAGGUGACAAGGAUGGGUCUGACUUAUCCACCUUGGUCACUUGUAUAAGAAAAUCAUUAUCAGAAUUGAGUUCCAAAUAUGUGGAUAAACAAAAUCGAGAUGAGGCAAUUUUGGCCAUUCCACAUGACUUCUUGGAGCUAACUGACGCGCAUUUCCAAGGCGAAAUAGCGAUGCAAAUUAGUAGUGUGUGUGGCUACCAAUUUUAUGAUGUUGAUUUUGGCUGGGGAAAACCUUCAUGGUUUAGUGUAAUUCAAACGGGAACAAGAAAUCAAGUUAUAUUGAUGGAUUCAAGAGAUAGUGGUGGAAUAGACGCAUUGGUAUGCUUAAAGGAUGAAAACAGCAUGUCAGUUUUUGAACAUGAGCUUGAGCUGCUAGCAUCUGGAUUUGCCAAAUAA